AUGUUUCGUCAUCUUUUUCUCUUCAGAAAGCCUAAUACGAUAUGUGGUAUUACCGCUAUCACUACACAAACAUGCUGUCCGCCAUCAUCAGCCGUAUCACCUAAUAAGAGAUCGAUCAAUAUUUUUAUCCCAGUACCAUAUAUUUCCACAUUUCCUGAAUUGGACAGUUUAGGAGGUAGAUUGGGUAGUUUAGGAGGUGGACUGAGUAAUUUAGGAGGUGGAUUGAGUAGUUUAGGUGGUGGAUGGAAUAGUUUAGGCGGUGGAUGGGGUAGUUUAGGAGGUGGGUGGGGUAAUAUAGGAGGUGGAUUAGGUGGUUUAGGAGGUGGAUUGGGUAGUUUAGGAGGUGUAUGGGGUAAUUUAGGAGGUGAAUUGAGUAGUUUAGGAGGUGGAUUGAGUGGUUUGGGCGGUGGAUUAGGUGGUCUAGGCCGUCCGUACUUUGGAUACUUCACUCAAUAUCUUGGUCCGGCAAGCGCAAAUGGAAUAUGUCCAGCUGGGAUAAAUAUUAAUGGCCAAUGUUGGUAUAAUAGUAUUGGAAACAAAAAAUGA